UGUUGUGGGCAGGAAUUUUUAUUUCUUUCUCACGCUGGGAUUAAAAACCGCCAAAAUUGUGGAGGCACUUAAAAUGAAGACUGAGCUGCGUUCAUGCGCGGCGUGUGGGGAGCCAAUCUCGGAUCGGUUUUUUCUUGAGGUUGGCGGUUGCUCAUGGCAUGCCACCUGCUUGCGGUGUUGCAUCUGCCAGUGUCCGCUCGACAGACAACAAUCGUGUUUCAUUCGCGAACGGCAAGUCUAUUGCAAGGCGGAUUAUGGCAAACACUUCGGCGCAAAAUGCUCAAAAUGUUGUCGUGGCAUAUCCGCCUCAGAUUGGGUGCGUCGCGCGCGUGACCUUGUCUUCCACUUGGCAUGUUUCGCGUGCGAUCAGUGCGGGCGACAACUCUCCACCGGCGAACAAUUUGCUCUGAUCGAUGAUCGGGUGCUGUGUAAGGCGCAUUACCUGGAAACGGUUGAGGGUGGCACCACUUCAAGUGACGACGGCUGUGAUGGUGAUGGUUAUCACAAGAGUAAAACGAAACGUGUGCGUACCACCUUCACCGAGGAACAAUUGCAGGUGCUGCAGGCCAACUUUCAGAUUGACAGUAAUCCGGAUGGGCAGGAUUUGGAGCGCAUCGCAUCGGUGACCGGUCUUAGUAAGCGUGUAACGCAAGUUUGGUUUCAAAAUUCGAGAGCGCGACAGAAAAAACAUAUUCAUGCUGGUAAGAAUAAAAUGCGUGAACCCGAAGGAAGCUCAUUUGCCCGCCAUAUUAACCUGCAGUUAACGUAUUCAUUUCAGAAUAACGCCCAGAAUCCCAUGCACUUGAAUGGCAACUCAAAGGGAUUAUAUCCAACGCAUGAGUCUUCCAUGGAUGAGCUCUCACAGGACUCCAGCGUACAUUGCAUGCAAAGUGAAGUGUGACUGGGGCAUUUGAACCACCAUUGAAGCGGACCCAUGUCUACAUAUAUUGGUGGAAUCGGAAGCACACACACACAAGCGCAUACUUGACGUACACAUGGCAAUAUUUGUGUAUAAAAACCCCACGCAGUGGAAACUAAAACCCAGUAAAGAUAAAAACAAAUUUAACGAAAAAAAACGUCCUACCCUAGUCAAAAUUAUAAAACAAACUGUAAUCAAAUUAACUACACAUUUGUACAUACAUAUGUGCCCGUGAGUGCAAAAGGAAAUCGUCCAAAAAUGUUAAAUUUUACAAGAAAUUGGUAAGCAAAGCGAACACCUAAAUUGCCCUAAACUUAUCUCGAAUCGCAAUCCGAAAUAAUUUUCCUGCAGAGGUGUUAGUGAAAAACAUUUUAUGAUUUUUCUUUUAAUUAGAACGCAACAAUGCAAUCCUUAAAAAAUAUAUAUAGAACGCUUAGAUAACAAGACAGUAUACAAAUUACAAG